GUCAAAAUGGCGGACGUGGGCCAAAAUUCUCCAACUCGAGAAGAAAAUCACUCAAAAAACACUGCUAAUAACUCUUCAAAUUCAAAUCAAGAUGCAGCUGAUGUUCUUGAAUAUUCAGGGUGGCUCUGGAAGAGAACUAGAUUAUCCCACAAGUGGUUAAAGACCUGGUUUUGCCUGCGCAAAACGGAGUUGCUCUAUGGAUCCUCAGCUCAGCAUAUGACUAAAAGGAUUCCAAUUGUUGGUGCACAGAUAGCUGAAACAACUGUCGACAAGAAACAAUUUGCUUUCAAAGUGAAAGCCAAGGACAGGAAAAGGGUUUACUUCUUGCAGGCUGAGAAUGAAGACUCUCAACAGGAAUGGAUGCAGGCAAUUUGCUUUGCUAAGGCGGCAGGGACGAGGAAAGAUCAAUCAGAAGCGUGUGUUAUACAAUAGAGAAGGUCAUUGCCCUUUGAUUUCUGGUCUUAGGAAAUAUUGUCCAUAAAAUACCAACUCCAGAGACUCGAUCUCGGCCUGAAGAAUUGGAGAUGGCAUCUUUUUGAUUGUGACUUGCGAGAGUGGUGAUGAGCCAUGAGAAUUGAUAUUGUGGUAUUUGUGAUGAGCCUAAUCUGGGCAUAAACAUAUAUCUUGACUGAGCAUGUUGAAAGAGUCAUCUAAGAUAAGUCCCACACAAUUUUCCUUGACGGGAAAAAUCUCGGAAAGUUUUCAGAAUAUGAAUCCGUAGUCGUGACUCUAUUCGAAUUGUAGUCUUUAGUCCAGAGUGCCUAUUUUAUUAUUGUGCCAAUACAGUGGUGAAUAGAUGUGAACCCUAAAUAUGUGUUUAUAGCUUUCUUGAGCAAGAUGAGACCUUCUUUCAACUCUAGUCCAACCAAGUAAUGGUUUUCUAUUGGCAGCUGAAGCGGCUAUUUUAGAUCAAACAAUCUCUGUACUAUUCAUUCCCACUGGUGCUGGGGGAGGUUAGUACAUUUUACAUUUUUAUACAAUUAUUUUAAAACGGAGUAUAGGGGAUUGACUCUGAGUACAACAAUCUCUGACUUUUUUUAGCUCUUUACUGUUCUUAUAAUACAUUUACAGUAGAACAUUUCUAUCAUGGACACCCUCGGGACUGACAAGUAAUGUCCUAAUAUGCAGAGGCAAUGCCAAAUUAUGUUAAAGCAAAAAUGAAUUGAGUGCAAUGCACCUUGAUUCAAAUCAGAAUAGUCAUCAUACUAUUCUAAUCUAUUACACUGUAUAAUUUCAUUCAAACAUCUUUUAACCUUCAAAUGUUUAAAACCAUACCGUGGUAAUUGUUGUGUUCAAUAUGUGGAUAUGUAAUUUCAGUAUACGUGAUAUAGAUCUGUCAAUGCUGCUAGGAUGAUUACAGAGCUACAUGUACAUGUAAAUUGUAGUACAAAAGAAUCUUGUAGUCAUUGCUGAUUAAUUUAUCAGAAGUCGUCCAAGCAUGGCUACCUCAGAUGUACAUGAGCAUACAUUUAUAUAGUAUAUGCCUGGUGUAUCACUAGCUUGAAUGUGCAAGUAGUUUGGCCAAAAGUCCUUUAGUUUAGGUUGUGAAUAGGUGUAGACCUUCUGACGAAGUAGUUGCAAGUUAUAAUUUGCGCUUUGCGUGUAGAGACAUGUAUUGUCGAAUUUUGUCUCGGUCAGUAAAGCAGUGGUCUUCUGAGUUAUUGUCAUUUAGUUGAACUUCAAAAUGAUGUCAGAGUUUGGUUAUUCUGUGAUAGAUAUGUGAGUGUUAAGGAAAGUAAGUGAAGACAAAACAUACUUCAGUUUAUGGUGCUGUCUAUUUGAGAGAUAUCUAAGGUACACCAUAAAAUAAACUUCUCAUCAUCAAAUAUACCACAACAGUUUUGACUUGAUAUCAAAAACUGUUAGAAUAAAAGUUAUAACAAUGACCAAACAAUAUUGUGUCUGGUACUGCAGUGGGAUUCGGACAUUUACUGCUCAGAAGUCUGUUUAAAAAUAGCUUUACUGCAAUAUACUUAUCAGCCAGUACUUACAGAUAUUUUAUGGUGUCGGUGUUAAAUUUCAAUGAUUGAUGGAAGAUUUCUCUAUCAGAGUAAGGUUACCUGGGAAAUUGAUUGGACAUUUGAACACACCUACCUGUGUCUUAUCAAGAACUCACUAGUUUUCUUGUCAGUGUAGUUCUUAGCCAAAAUAUUUGUUUGGAUAAAUGCAGGGUCAGUAAAAUGUUUUGGUAGGAAGCCAUUUUGAUUGAAAUGGCAGUUGAAUAUAAAAACCGUCCAAUCUGGUUCCCAGUGGUCUUCUAUUGCUGAUUCCAAGGUUUGCUGUAUGAUACUAUUGUCCUUUCGGUAGAUUUAAUUAUUUUAGACAAUAAGCUUUUGUACUUUCUUCCAAGCAAAGGAUUCUUAAUUCCACGGCAAUAUUAACGAUUUGUCCCUAAGUCUAAGAUUGGUUGAUGCUAGCUAUUUUGAAGUGAGGGUCCAGACGGAUCGGUCCGGGUGUGGGCUAGGGAUACGGUACACUGCCAAAACCCUGCGGUAGUGAAAGAGUUAACCAAUGUUCUUGGUCAUGACAGUGACCUGAACGGAUUGUUGAUAUUUAUAGUUGCUUCUUUUAUUAAAUCUGUCUAAGUAAGAGAGUAUUGGUGAUUGAUACAUGUACCUGGAAUGUGUAUUUUGAUGUAGAAACAUAUAAAUACAUGUAAUAAUUUAUGUAAA